UUGUGACAAGACCGUGACUGACGCAAGCACCGACACGGGUGCCCCCCCAUCCGGUGCGACGGAGAUGACGACUCUAUUCCAAUCGCUCGACGAGGCAGCAGGGCUUGAGUUCCACGGCUUUGUGGACGGGAAACGGGCGUUUUCUGAGUUCUUGCCCUUUGUACCUGAGAAGAUUCAGUCGAAGGUGUCGGACCACGCCAUGGCGUUCAUGACCAAAGGCUCGGGGUUUCUACCCUUGCGCUCCCCUUCCUCCGCCGACGGAACCUUCCCUUUCGAGGACCUUCAGGCAUGCAAAGAGGUGGACGUCAUCGCCCUGGCCCGAGAACGGUGUUACGUGGCGGUUAACACGCAAAUGAGUCAGUCCUCUUUCCACGUGCACCGGUAUUCGCCCGUAGCUCCCGAACCCGUGGAGGGAAAGGAGGGAGGGAAGAAGGAAGCGAAAGAGGACAAGCAGGCAGGCGAGGAGGUAGAAGCAUUGCGUCCUCCUUCGUGGAGAUUGAAGCCGCGCAUUUCCCUUGAGGGAUCGCGGCCACCGAAAAUGACACACAUGCGUAGUCAAGAAGGCUUUCUGCUUGAGCUUUUCUCGAAUUUGCCAGACCUGGAGGAAAAAGCCGGCGCCCUCUUUGCCCGGGCGGCCGACUCCCAGAAGCGCUUGCUGAUCAUGGCCCUCAACGAAGGUGACGUGGACUUGCUCGUCAACUUCGUAUGCUCGGCACGACAAGCCAGCAUUUCGGUGGAGAAUUUGGUCGUGAUUAGCGCGGACAAGAGCGUGGUGGACAUAGCGGAAGCCCUGAACCUGCACGCUUUCUCCCAUCCCGGCUUCGGAACCUUGCCUAGCGAACGCUCCGGGCGGUACGGUGACGAGAAUUUCCAGGUCAUGAUGUGGUUGAAGGUCGUGUCCGUGUGGAUAGCCAUCCGACUGGGAUACCACGUCCUCUUCCAGGACGCAGACCUCGUGUGGCUCAAAUCACCAUGGGAGGCCUUCGCGGACACAAGCAUCGACGGGUUUUUUAUGGACGACGGCGCGCGCUCAGAGCGCUUUUCUCCCCUUUACGCCAAUAGUGGCUUUUACUUCUUGCGGUCCAAUCCCAUCGUCAUCCACUUCAUGCAAGGACUCCUGUUGUCAUACGACGCCAUCAGACAGUGCGCGAGCCAUCAGACGGUCUUCAUUCGGGAGAUAACGGAGCACAUGUCGAGGAGUGGCAUGAAGGUGAAAGUCUUGCCUGACAGGGAUUUCCCGCAGGGGCAGGUUUUCCACCACCAGAAGGCUUUGAUGAGGGAAAUUACAGCUCAGAUGCGAUGCUUAAAACUCAGAAGGAAGGACAAAUAA